GUGGAGGGUGAGGGGGGGUGAGAGCUUACCCCAUUAUCCCCUCCCACCUUCCCUCUUGUGGGACGGAGCGGAGCUCCGGAGCUUCCUGGAGCUCCACCAGGCAUGCGGCGGAGGACGAGGAGGAGGACGCCGGUCAUCCCCCAUUAGGACUUCCACAAGGUGGAGACAGCAGCAGACAGACGCUUUAACUGGGCUGUAUAGUGGCUGAAAAAGACGUGUAAAGACUCCUCGCUGUCGCUGCUGCUGCUGCUGUUGCGCAGCAUCCUGCUUCCCAAACUUGGACUGUUGCCUCCUGCCCGGCUUCUGUCCUCCCUACAGCUACUUUUACUUGAUUUAUUUAGCAUUUUUAUGUCAACUUUCCCUCAGUGGAUAUCUUUGUGGGAGUACCUUGUUCAGUGUGUUUUCUACUUGAACUCAUCUCAUGGUGGUGGGGUUGCUGGUAAUGAUGAUGGUGGUCAAGAUGCUCCCCUUCAAGCCGUCUGUAGUGUGUGACACACUCCAAGGAGCCAUGUCGGACUGUACUACAACUAUGAGGAAUCAUUGCUAAGGUGUUUUUUUUUCGGCGGUACACCAGCCCGAGGAUGGCAGGAGGGAACCGGGAGCUGACGGUCACCUCCUCCCCUGCUGUAGCAGCCAAUGCCGAGGGAGAGGAGAUUGAAGUGUUGGAGAGCACCGAUGUGCUUCCUGUGGCUCCGGAGGACCAAUGGAAGGCUCUGUUCGAUAAGUAUGACCCAGAGAAUUCGGGCUUCAUCAGUACAGAGCGGUUCAGGGAUCUUUUGGCAACCCAUGGCUCAGAGCUCGACCCCCACAAACUUGAAGUUCUCUUGGCCCUGGCAGAUGGUAACUCGGAUGGAAAGAUCUGCUACCAGGAUUUUGUCAACCUGAUGAGCAACAAGCGCUCUAACAGUUUCCGGAGGGCCAUCCUGCAGGGGAGCAGACAAAUCAAAGGCAGCAGUCUCCGAGAUGAGGUCGGUUUGGGUCUGUCUCAGCGGCUGGUGCGACACGUGGCUUACGAGACGCUGCCCCGCGAAGUCGAUCGCAAGUGGUAUUUUGACAGCUACAACUACUGGCCCCCACCCUGGCUAAUCCUGACCAUCACCAUUGUCGAGGUAGUUGUGUUCUUAUAUUAUGGAUGUCAUCUCGACCGUCUGGUUCUGCAGGUGUCUAGCCCAUCAUUCCUUAAGAGCCCUCUACCUUACCACCCCCAGCUCCGGGCCCAGGCCUGGAGGUACUUCAGCUAUAUUUUCAUGCACACUGGGAUUGAACACCUGAGCCUAAACAUGGCCAUGCAGCUGCUGGUUGGAGUCCCCCUAGAAAUGGUGCACGGAGCCGCGAGGAUUGGACUCAUCUACGUGUGUGGCGUGCUGGCAGGUUCUCUGGCGGUGUCCGUUACCGACAUGACGGCUCCCGUGGUCGGCUCAUCCGGCGGCGUGUAUGCCCUGGUCUCUGCACACCUGGCCAAUGUAGUCAUGAAUUGGUCAGGGAUGAAGUGUCAAUUUAAAUUAUUCCGGAUGGCCAUGGCUCUGGUGUGCAUGAGUGUAGAAUUUGGGCGCGCCGUGUGGCUCCGCUUCUACCCACCAGCCUUUCCUCCUUGCCCCAACCCCAGCUUUGUUGCUCACCUUGGUGGAGUGAUGGUAGGUCUCACGCUGGGUGUGGUGGUCCUGCAGAACUACGAGCAGCGGCUCCAGGAGCAGUCUCUGUUUUGGAUCUUCUUCUGCGUCUACACCUUGUUUGUGCUCUGCGCUGUCUUCUGGAACAUUUUUGCCUACAGCUUGCUUGACGUGCGAUUACCCCCGCCGCCGUGACAUGCUUAUUUAGGGGUUCUUCUUUCAUCCAUAUACUGAUACCUCAUACGCUGAGUCGCAUUGUGGAAUCAGUCACAAAUGAUCUCCAUCAUGCAUGUAGUGCGCUGAUCUUUCAUCCACUUGCUGCAUUUCUGGAAGAAGCCUUACAUAUGUACAUCGUGUAAGAUCAUACAGCCCACACCCACUGGUAAUCAUUAUAACGGAACUGUUGUUAAAACAGAAUGAGAAAUGUCCACACGAACACAGGUAUUUUAAAUACAUAUUAUAGAAAAAAAAUACCAGUAAUAUAUUCCUUAACGUACACACUAUACCACUACAAUGGUUUGUGGAAAUUGGUUUAGUAUUUUUGAGUCAUCCUCCACCGUUUUAACUGUGCUAUUAAUUACUGCUAUGAAAAUCAUUAAUGGUGGCCUGAGACUGGUCUAAAGUACUGUUGUAUGUUCAUAUGACUUAUUUAUGUAUUUAUGCAUUUUUUUGUAAACAUUAUUGUUGCUAUCAUCUGAUUGGUGCCGUCUGUUGCUUUGGCAUGCUCUUGACAGCCAAAACCUUGUGGUAUAGGGUAGCGAUAUAUACUGUACAUGACCCUGGAAUGCGGAGAAAUGUUUUUAAUACCCAUGUACGUGUGGACAUAGCCGCAGAUGUGAGCCAUUCUGUCCACUUGAUGUUUGCCUCCUCUGAUACGGAACCCGAAGGUGCCUACUCACAAAGCUUGGUGAAAGUACAUCGAGCAUAGUCUAGCAUGGACCUCUUCUGUUGGGUGACACUCUAUUAAAAGUGUUCUCAUUGUCAAAGUAUGCAUUCAUUUGGCAUCAUAACAACUUUGGCUCAAACAUACUGUAACAGACUAUAUUUACCUGCUAGGAAGAUGAUGGUAGUUCAGUUUGGGUUUGUUUGUCUUAGUGUUUAAAUGAGCCUCAUACCUUUGUGUGUAACUGCACCAAAAUGUGUGUACAGAUAAAUGCACAAGCACAAGUGCCAUUCAGACUUUUAAGCUUUCAGAAGUGAUGCCAAACUGUUGUCCCAUUGGGCAUUUGCUGUGUUUUUGUUUUUUUUAAUAGAUUGUUAAUGUCAGCAAAUAUGUUAUUUAUUGAUGGUAAAAUGGUGACUUACGGGGGAAAAAAAAUCAGCACCGGAGAGCUCUCUGGUUUUUAUUCUUAUAACCAAAUUAGCAGAAAAGUACACAGGUGUGAACUUGAUUGCAUCCCAACUGGUGCUGACUCAAAUGAUGCAAAGUUGGAAAGAAAGAAAUCAAUGUGCGCUCUCUGUCCCUUUCAAAAUUGUUCAUUGAGUGAAAUAGAAGUGGACUGGAAGGCGACCACAACCCCCAGUGGUAAAGAGUUUAACCUCAUGUUACUCUGGUAACUGCUUCGCACAAACCUUAUUAUUGUGUAGUUAAACACAGUUUAACUUGUUUGCCGUUGAUUGUUUUUACUAUGAGGUACUGAUACUGUAUGUUGUGUACAUUCUGUGGCCCGUCUGCAUUGUUAGCAAUAUAUUGUAUCCUAUUUAUACGUCCGUUAAAGAUAGUAACUGGAUAUAUGUUAUCAGGGCUGUGACAAAAUUGAUGGUGAAAUUACUAAUAUUUUAACAAUGUGGAUAUUUUGUAGAUUUGAUAUGUACAUACUGGAGUACAUUAAACAUUUUUUCAAAUAAACAACAUAAAUUAUUGAUGUUAUUAUUCUGAAAAUGGCAAUUUAAACUUUUUUAAGCCCAUGGAAACAAAGCCAAACUGGAGUUUACCUGAUCAUGUGACUUGUGCAACUUUGUUGCCAUCUAGCGGACACUUGUGUUUCUCGCUCCGCCCACAGACAGACAGAACAAUAAUCUAU